UAUGGGUUUUUGGAUUACCAAAAUGUUGCCAAACUCAGACUAGGUAGAUAUGAGUUCAAUACGUGGUAUGGAAAUUCGGCUCUUUUCACUAAACCUUUUACUAAAACUGUAACAGAGACUAAUCCUUGUUUUUUUAAAAUUAGAGAUAAGGAACCUUGGAUUGGUACACUCUUUGUUUGCCCAUUUUGUUUCAAGUAUACCGAUAUUCAGAUGGAAUGGGAACAUCAUAUGAACUGCUGUAAAUUCAAGUCUAGUUUACCAGGCAAAGUCAUGUAUAACGAUGGCCAGUUGAUAGUACGAAAAGUUAAAGGCGUGGAUCACAAGCUAUUUUGUCAAUGUAUGUGCUUGAUGGCAAAAUUUUUUUUGGAUAAUAAAUCUGUCUUCUAUGAUUUAGAUUACUUUGACUUUUACAUUGCGUAUCAACUAUUGGAUAGACAUGAAGUGCCAAUGGGGUUUUAUUCAAGAGAGCUACUUUCGUGGGAGUCAAACAACCUAUCCUGCAUUUGUGUGCUGCCCUGUUAUCAAAAUCGAAGAUUAGGCACCAAAUUAAUUGAUUUCUCAUACAAAUUAUCGCAUUAUGAGCAACAGAUCAGUGGACCAGAACGUCCUUUUUCUCCACUAGGCAAGCUUACGUAUCUGAGAUAUUGGUGCCGCAACUUGGCUUUGAGUUUUGUUUACGGCUCAUUAUCAACUAAGAAACAUGUGACUCUUCAGCUGAUCAGUGAGACAACAGGAUUUAGGACCGAGGACAUCUUGUUUGCCUUUUCAUUUCUUAAUGUUUUAUCUGAUAAU